UUGACAAAGAGUAUAUGAAUUUGAUGUCUAUAAAGGACAAAGAUCAUAUCCCAGUUCAUAAUUCAAAGCCCCCGAUUCCACUUCCUGAACCUGUCAUAAUGUUGUCUCCAACACCCGUUAACGAGCUUGAUGCUGCUGCAUCUAAGCUUCAGAAAGUCUACAAGGGUUACAGGACUAGAAGGAACCUUGCAGAUUGUGCAGUUGUGGUUGAAGAGCUAUGGUGGAAGGCCUUAGAUUUUGCAGCUCUAAGACAGGGCUCGGUGUCAUUUUUCAACAUUGAGAAGCCAGAAACUGCUAUCUCGCGGUGGAAACGUGUGAGGACGAGGGUUGCCAAGAUUGGGAAGGGUUUAUCCAAGGAUGAGAAUGCUCAAAACCUAGCUCCAGAAUAUUGGCUUGAAGCUAUUGAUCCGCGUCACCGAUAUGGACCCAAUUUAAAUUUUUACUAUGAUGCAUGGUCCAAUAGCACGAGCACUCAACCUUUCUUUUAUUGGUUGGAUGUCGGGGAUGGUAAAGAACUAAAUCUUGAGAGUUGCCAAAGAAUUUUUCUACAACGACAAUGCAUCAAAUAUCUUGGACCUAUAGAAAGGGAAGCAUAUGAAGUGAUUGUGGACAGCGGAAAGCUAACAUACAAGCAAAAUGGGAUUCUCCUAAAUACAAUAGAGGGUUCUAAGUGGAUUUUUGUCAUCAGCACAUCGAGGACUUUGUAUGUGGGACAGAAAAAGAAAGGUGUUUUUCAACACUCUAGUUUUCUAUCCGGAGGGGCUACAACUGCAGCUGGUAGAUUGGUUGCCCAUGACGGGAUUCUUGAGGCAAUAUGGCCAUAUUGCAAUCACUAUAACCAAACUGAAGAAGACAAUUUCAAGGAAUUCAUUAGCUUUCUUGAGGAAUACCAAGUAGACUUAACUAAUGUUAAGAGAUGUGCAAUAGAUGAUGAUAGCACCUCAUUUAAAGUUAUUGAUGAGGAGUCUAAGACAGAGACAGUGGAUGAUCCGUCCACAGCUAAAAUAUCAACAGAUAUAGAUGCUGCCAAUAUCAAUGGGUUCAUGAAUGAUAAAUUUGACACAAUUUCUCACGAAGAAGAUGGUAUGGGCACCAAAUCAGCCAAUGUAGAAGAACCAGUGUUUGACUUGUCCAAGCGCUUAUCUUGCAAGUGGACCAGUGGCGUUGGUCCGCGUAUUGGAUGCGUUAGGGACUACCCAAUGGAGUUGCAAACGCAGGCACUUGAACAGGUGAACCUCUCACCUAAGCUCACACCUGGUCACUCAAAGUAUUUCCUUCCGAUUCCCUCGCCACGACCAAGUCCGAAGAUCCGGGUUUCGCCUAGAUUUGCAUAUAUGGGACUCCCUAGCCCAAGGCCUAUAGUUUCAACUGCUUCUGAAGAACUGGUCAUGAAUUUCAGGGACAAAGAUCAUAUCCCAGUCCAUAAUUCAAAGCCUCCGAUUUCACUUCCUGAACCUGUCAUAAUGUUUUCUCCGACACCAGUUAAUGAGCUUGAUGCUGCUGCAACUCAGCUUCAGAAAGUCUACAAGAGUUACAGGACUAGAAGGAACCUUGCAGAUUGUGCAGUUGUGGUUGAAGAGCUAUGGUGGAAGGCCUUAGAUUUUGCAGCUCUAAAACAGAGUUCGGUGUCAUUCUUCAACAUUGAGAAGCCAGAAACUGCUGUCUCACGGUGGGAACGUGUGAGGACGAGGGUAACCAAGAUUGGGAAGGGUUUAUCCAAGGAUGAGAAUGCUCAAAAACUAGCUCCACAAUAUUGGCUUGAAGCCAUUGAUCCACAUCACCGAUAUGGACCCAAUUUACGUAUUUACUAUGAUGCAUGGUCCAAUAGCACGAGCACUCAAUCAUUCUUUUAUUGGUUGGAUGUCGGGGAUGGUAAUGAACUAAAUCUUCAAAGUUGCCUAAGAAUUGAUCUAGAACGUCAAUGCAUCAGAUAUCUUGGACCUAAAGAAAGGGAAGCAUAUGAAGUGAUUGUGGACAACGGAAAGCUAAUAUACAAGCUAAAUGGGAUUCUCCUAAAUACAAUUGAAGGUUCUAAGUGGAUUUUUGUCCUCAGCACAUCGAGGACUUUGUAUGUGGGACAGAAAAAGGAAGGUGUUUUUCAGCACACCAGUUUUCUAUCCGGAGGGGCUACAACAGCGGCUGGUAGAUUGGUUGCCUAUGACGGGAUUCUGGAGGCAAUAUUGCCAUAUUGCGAUUACUAUCACCAAACUGAAGACAAUUUCAAGGAAUUCGUUAGCUUCCUCGAGGAAUAUCAUGUAGACUUGACUAACGUUAAGAGAAGUGCAGUAGAUGAUGAUAGCACCUCAUUUAAAGUUAUUGAUGAGGAGUCCAAGACAGAGACAGUGGAUGAUCUGUCCACAGCUAAAAUAUCAACAGAUAUAUAUGCCGCCAAUAUCAAUGGGUCCAUGAAUGAUAAAUUUGACACAACUUCUCAUGAAGAAGAAGAUGGUAUGGGCACCAAAUCAGCCAAUGUAGAAGAACCAGUGUUUGACUUGCCCAAGCGCUUAUAUUGCAAGUGGACCAGUGGCGUUGGUCCGCGUAUUGGGUGUGUUAGGGACUACCCAAUGGAGUUGCAAACGCGGGCACUUGAACAGGUCAACCUGUCACCUAAGACAGUGGAUGAUCUGUCCACACCUACAAUAAAUGAUAAAUCCAACUUGUUCUCAUGAAGAAGAUGAUGUAUGGGCACCAAAUAAUUAAAUAGCCAAUGUAGAAGAACCCGUGUUCGAGUUGUCCAAGGAUUCAAAACAUAACAAAAAAAAAAAAUUAUAAUUUAUAAUUUAUUGUUAUUAUUGUUAUUUUGUAUUUCGGGUUACUUGGGUAGAUUGGCUUGGUAAAAC